AUGUCGUCAUUAGAGUUUCUAAAUAUGAAGUCGUUUCAUCCGGGAACGAAAGAGAAUCAAAAGAAACUGUUUAUUGCCGAGCAGAAAGCGAGUGCCAAUGAGAAACGUGAGAGAGAGCGAGCAAAAGAAAGACAAGAUGAAAUCGAAUUCUACAAGAACAAAGCGGCACUCGGUAGACAAUCGAAAAUGGAGGCAGAACGUUCAAAAGUUAGUUUUCUCUAUGCUGCACCACCGGGUGCCACUCUAGAGAAAGAAAAGACAACGAAAACCAACAACGAUAGCAAUUCGAAUCGAUCACCAGAGAAUGAAAAGAAAGAUAUCAGACAGAUGACAGAUACAGAGAAAUUCCCGUUCUUGGCGAAUGCACCGGUGCAAGGCGACUACACCAGCGAUAUCAAGGUGACUCAUAAACCGUUCGGCAUAGAGUUACGUGAUGUCCGAUGCAUUCGUUGUCAGCAAUGGGGUCAUAAAUCGGGUGAUCGCGAUUGUCCAUUGAAAGAUGUUAACCCUAAUGACCUUAAGAGAUUACAACGUGAAGAUCCACUAUUCUCAAUGUCAACAGAUAAUCAGCAAGGUGAUAAUAAUGACGAUGAAGAUGACGAUAGUAUAUUAAGAGAAUUCUUAGAGAGUUUAUCAAAGAAACAAAGAAAAUUACUACUUAGACAAAUCAAGAAAGAAGAGAAACAAAAGAAAAAGAAAGAUAAAAAUGAUAAAGAAAAAAGAAAGAGAAAGAAUAACAAAGAUUAUAAUAGUAGUAGUAGUAGUAGUAGUGAGAGUGAUAACGACUAUUCGAGUAAUGACAAUUAUAGCUCUGACAGUGAAGACGAUAAAUCAUCUCACAGAAAGAAUAAAUCAACGAAAAGAUCUCAUCAUAAAGAAAAAGAUCAUCGUAAAGAAAGUGAUGAUGAAUAUGUAGAAAGAAAGUUCUAA